AUGGUCCUAACAAAACAGAGAUCGCUUCGAAAUCCCGAUGACUUCCCUACCUUUCAACUGUUCCUUCUGGCUAUCGUGCGUCUUGCCGAGCCCAUUGCCUUGACUUCUAUCUUCCCUUAUGCUUGGUCAUUGGUGAAGAAGUUCAAAAUCGGAAACGAGCAAGAUGCCUCUUUCUAUGCUGGCCUGCUCAUAUCAGCAUUUGCCCUCGCUGAAGCUUCAAUGGGCAUGUACUGGGGAGGGCUUUCUGACCGUGUCGGCCGAAAACCUGUCCUCUUAUUAGGAUGUGUAGGUACCAUGUUCAGCUUGAUCCUGGUAGGGUUCGCUACCAAUAUCUGGGUCGCACUCGCUGGCCGUGCUAUUGGUGGGUUCUUGAAUGGAAAUAUCGGCGUGAUACAAACCAUGGUCAGUGAGCUUGUCACUAAGAAGGAACAUGAGCCCCGUGCAUACUCGGUUAUGCCAUUUGUUUGGUCCGUUGGUACAAUCAUUGGCCCAACUAUUGGUGGCAUUUUCGCAGAACCUCACAAGACAUUCCCUGACAUCGUUCGCAAGGGCAGCAUCUUUGAAAUCUUCCCAUACUUGUUGCCCAAUCUUAUCUGUGCUGCCCUCUUACUUCUGAGCAUCGGCAUGGGCUAUUUCCUGCUUGAGGAAACACAUCCAGACAUGGCUCCUCGUGUGAUGCUUCCUGACUACACCUACAUCUCAGCCGAAACGCCGUUGAUCGAAACUGCGGAUGCGAUGAAACAGCCUCCAGUGGAUAUUCGUUCAGAGACUUACGGCACGUUCAGAGCGAGAAACAGUGCGGAGCUUGUCCGUGAGAUUGCUUGCACAAAGCAGGUCGAAAAGCCUAGGCACGUCACAAUUUUCACGAAGAGAAUUGUCGGCCUUAUUGUGGCUCUAUCAAUUUUCACCUACCAUUCAAUGACUUACGAUCACUUGUUACCCAUCUUCUUCGAGGAUGACAGGAUGCCGAUGAGUGCUUCAUCACAAGCUGCAGUUUUCUCAACAAUGAAUCCGUUCUACUCACCUGGUGGACUUGGCCUUUCCAUGUACGCCGUGGGAGUGAUCAUGGCUGUCAACGGUGCCAUCGCAUUAUUCGUCCAGGCCGUUGUCUUUCCCAUUGCGGCGUCACUCAUAGGCGUCUUCCGGUUGUUCAUCCUGGUAACCAUUCUUCAUCCAAUCGCAUAUCUCAUCAUGCCGAUGUUGCUCCACGUUCCCGAAGAUUGGUUGCGUCCUGCGAUAUAUGCCUGCUUAACUAUCAGGAACAUUCUGUCCAUCAUCCUCUACCCUCUGCUACUCAUCUUAAUCAAGGAUGCGACCCCUUGUAACUCGGUGCUCGGAAAGGUCAAUGGCUUGGCGGCAAGUGCUGGAGCUGCCUGCAGAAUGAUCGCUCCACCAGUCGCCGGCUACCUCUACACGAUGGGUAGUCGUCAGAACUUCACCGCGUUAGCUUGGUACGGAAGUGCUCUUGUGGCAGUUGUUGGCGCAAUUCAGUGCUUCUCGGUGAAGCGCGACAAGAAUGAUAGUGGUUUGGAAGACCCCGACAGCAAUGAUGGAAGAGCUACCGUUUCCGUUACGACCAUUCCCGAAGAACCGGAAGAGGAGCGGUUCUAG